AUGGAUGCAACUGCACGGUUUGAACGGAUUGCUAAGCAAAAUCAUGAAAAUAUAAAGCGUUUAUUAUCUGUAGAAAAUGAAUCAUUAAAAGAUGACGAAUAUAAUAACAACAACCAAUUUCAAGAUGACAGUGAUGGAGAAGGUGAUGGCGGUGAUCAGGAAGACGAUAGUUAUAUUAAACAAGUUUUAGAAAAAACGAAAAAUACAUUUAAAGGAGUUACAUCCGACGAUCUUGGUCGUACUUAUCAAUAUUUAAUCGAUUCAUUGUCUAGUGGAGCAAAUAUCUGUUUGAUAUGUAUUGAUUCAAUCAAAAAAACUGACCCAAUUUGGAAUUGUUCAGGUUGUUAUGGAGCAUUUCACAUUGUGUGCAUUCAGAAAUGGAUCAAAGAUGGUGUAUAUCAGACGUUAUUACAUUCAGAUAAUGAUUCUCAUAAUAAUAAAAAGCAACAGUCAGUUGCGUGGCAUUGUCCGAAAUGUCGAGCUGAAUUUGAUCAAAAAGAUACACCAAAGCGCUAUUAUUGUUAUUGUCUAAAAGAAAUAGAUCCAACAUUUGAUCCGUGGAGUGUACCCCAUUCCUGCGGUCAAACAUGUGGAAAAGAUCUCAUUCCAAACUGCGGCCAUAUCUGCUUAUUACUUUGCCAUCCUGGUCCUUGUCCACCUUGUGCAAAACAAGUAAAUGUCCGAUGUUACUGUUCACAAUCGGGACCUACUGCACGUCGAUGUGGUUAUAAAGGAUGGAGUUGUAGUUUAAAAUGUUCAAAACUGUUAUCUUGUCAGCACCAUAAAUGUGAACAAAUAUGUCAUCCUGGUUCAUGCUCACCAUGCAAUAAAACAAGUUUAAAAACCUGUUUAUGUGGAAGAACGAAAGAUGUAAGAAAUUGUAAUGAAGCUGUUUUCCAGUGUGACAAGCCAUGUAAUAGACCACUUAGUUGUUCUAUUCACAAAUGUGAAAAAAUUUGUCACACAGGUGCAUGUGGUAAAUGUCCUCGCGAAGGUUUAAGAACAUGUCCAUGCGGAAAAACAAAAUACGAGAACUUACCAUGUUCAGAGGACAUUAUGCCGUGCGGAGACACGUGUGGAAAACGCUUAGAUUGUGGAAAACAUUUUUGUAUGAGACGAUGUCAUCUAGGAGAUUGUGAAACAUGUCGUCAAAUGACAACAAAAAAAUGUCGCUGUGGCUUAAAAGAAAAGUCUGUGCCAUGUUGUCAAGAAUAUUUAUGUGAAACUAAAUGCACAAAAAUGAGAAUAUGUGGUAAACAUCAAUGUAAAAAAAAGAGCCAGCGUUCAACGCCAAAUGUCCCGUGGACAUUAAAGGAAAAAUCAAAAUUGAUAAAACAGUCGUUGCCCUGUCCACCAUGUCAAGUACAGACAAGUGUCUCGUGUUUUGGUGCUCAUGAUACCAAACUCGUACCUUGUUCGAUGGCUCAACAAUAUUGUUGCGGGAAAAUUUGUGGUCGAACACUUAAGUGUGGAAAUCAUAUCUGUAAUUUACCCUGUCACGAUGUGAAAGAUGCUCCAAAUUCUGUUGAGGCAGGAAAACGCUGCAUUCAUUGCGAAGAAAUGUGUUCUAAACAACGUCCCAAUGGCUGUAGUCAUUCAUGUCCGCUAAUGUGUCAUCCAAAUGAUUGUCCUCGAUGUCUUCAACGUUUGAGAUUUCGUUGUCAUUGUAAUUCUGAAGUUCUUUAUUCAAAUUGUCACACGUUUACGUCGUCUUCACCUGAAGAACAAGAAAAAAUAAAAUCGUGUCAAAAACCUUGUAGUAAAAUAUUAACUUGUGGUCAUGCAUGUACAUGGAAAUGUCAUUCGGGUCCCUGUUCACCAUUAUCAGAAUGUACAAAAUCGGUUAGUAUUCGUUGUUUAUGUAAACAUUUGGUUCAUCAAGUUCCUUGUAAUGAGGUGAAUACAAACAAGAGUGGUCAUCGUCUACCAUGUGAUGAUACUUGUAUUGCAGCAAAAAAUAAGAAUAAAAAUCGCACACCAUCUUUCACAAGUAAUCCUUCUGAAAGCAAUGAAAAUGACGAUACUGAAUCAACAACAAUAUCAGGUGAAACUGGAACUGAGCAGCCAUCGUUAUCUCCUGUAAUAGCAGUACCAACAACCACAAGUCGAAAAAAUCGUAAACGUGCUAAUGCUGCCGAAAAUAAAUUAUCAUCACCAUCGCCACUACCUAAAAGUGUUCUCACCAAGCCAGUUGAGCCGUCGCCAAAUAUUGUUGUUCCGAAAAAGGUUAAAUCCAAACCAUCUGACAAGAUGAGUCAAUCUACGGCAAUUGAUCAAACAAUUGCGUUUGAUUAUAUGAAAGAGUAUAUGGAUUAUCAAGACAAUGGUGUUGAUUAUAGUCAUUCCUUAACGCAAAUAAGAACUUACGAUGUUUCGUUACAAGACUGUUAUCGACGUGUAAAAGAAUUGUUCCAUCAUUUACAAGUUGAAAAUGAUACUAGUUUACAAUUACAUAAUCCACAACAAUGUCAAACAAUGUUAAUUGAUGCGCUUAUACAAGCGAAAAUUAUUGGAGAUAAUAAAAUGCGUCUAAGUCAACAAAUUUUAGAUUCAACAGAAAAAAAAGCUAAAAAAUUAAAAACUGCAUUCCAAAAAUAUAGUACAUUAUUCUUUGAUGAAUUAUUUGUUCAUUUAAAAUCAUAUAUUUUUCGUAUUUUAGUGGAAUCAAUUGAUCAACAAUAUCAUCAACAUAAUGGCUCAUCAUCGGAUAAUAAUCUUGAAUGUGAUUCGGAAAACGAAUACGAUUCGGAAUCAGGUCCUCGUUCAACUUCCAAUUAUCCGAAACAUGAUCUAAAACGAGACAGUAUAGCAACAUCAUUGUGGAAACGUAAGACAACAUCGUCAUCAACUGCAUUAAAUCUUAAACGAAAAUGUAACGAUCAAAACGAUAAAUCUAAUACAAAUGAUCAUGAUUCUCACCAAAAUAGUCGUGAUCGAAAAAAAUCUUCUCAACGUCAUACAAGUAAUGCCCAAAGUACGAGUAGCAGUGGUAAUGGUGGUGGAGGUGGUGGUGGUGGUAGUGGUGGCACUGGCGGCGCCGGUGCCGGUGGUACUAAUGGAAAUAAAAAACCGAAACUAAAUGAAGCUGCUGUUCUGAUGCAUAGUGAAGAACCAACGUAUUGCUUAUGUUCACAAUUGUCUUAUGGUGAAAUGAUUUGCUGCGAUAAUAGAACGUGUGAAAUUGAAUGGUUUCAUUUUAAUUGUGUAAAUUUAACAACAAAACCAAAAGGAAAAUGGUACUGUCCACGUUGUCGAGUACCGGGAGAAAAUUCAAGACAAUUAAGGAAAGAUUUCAAAAAGGGAAAAAGUAGCAGUUUCAAUAAUGCAAAUAAUACCUUACAAUAGUAUAAUGUUGUAUUUAAGAAAGAAAAAUGAGAAACAUUUUGUGUAUCUAGAUUAGUUGCGUUCUUGUUUUGAAGUGUGGUUUAUAUUCCUUUUCUUGCUCUUUGUUUGUUUAUCAUCUGGAAAAUCAAACAUUCUAUUGUGUCUUAUUUCUCUCUCUAUGUAUAUGUGUGCGUGUGUGUGUGUGUACAGAUCGUUAUUUAUUUUUAUAAACUCUUUGUUUUCUUUUGUUCUUGUUGUUUUUAAUUUCUCGUGUAUCAGUUGAACAUUUGUUCGACACUAAUAAAAAAAACUAACUGCUCCUUUCUAUAACACAGGUGUGAUAUUUCUCCUGAAUUCCUCGAAAUAUUAUAAAAAUAAUGAGUAUUCCAUUCGGACGAAGAGAAUUGUGUACAUUUUUUAGUAUUUGAGUAUGUUAGUAUGUUUUACUAACGUAUUAAAUUCAUUAUAAAAAUGAAGUUGUCCAGUUCCACCAUUAAUAAUAAUUGUCUUUAUAUUAGCAUAAUUUUUCAAUAUCCUGGUUUUGUAUGCGCAAUUCAGCCAUUAUUUGCAUAAAAUAUACUAUUCUGAUUUCAAAUUGUUAAUUAGUUGAUGUAAAAUCGUCUUUCUGAUAAAUUUAAAAUUGCUUUUGCCUGUAUAAAUGGUCCGUCCACAACCAACUUUUAUAAUUCUAAUAAAUUUGACAAACUUAAAUAGUAUACAGUUAUUACGUAAAAAGAGUUUAGAAGAAAGAUGACGUAUAAGCGACAAAAACUAGAAAGAACAUGUUACUGUUAUUUUUAGUGUUCAGUGUCGUGUUUCAAAAUCAACCAAACUACUAAACAAAUGAUCUGAAAACUGGAAAAGUUAUAGAGAAAUAACAGUGCGCUUAUACUGGUAGGCAGAUGUAAGAUUUAUGGAUUUAAAAUUUUGACGAAAACUACAUAAAAUUUCUCUGGCGUUAUCUGGACAACAACUUGCUUAAUUAUUCAAAUCAUCUAGAUAAUUACUAGAACGAUUGUCCAUUAUAGUACUAUCCGAGAUCUAUAUUAAUUUUCCAUUAGACAACGCUGUCUUUCAUCGUUUUUUGAUUAUUUCUCCAAUUCUCCGCAAUGAAUACACGAAACAUUUUUCAUUUGUUUUGUUACAAGAAGGCAAGUUCCACAGUUUUCUCAGUUAAGCAGAGAUGGGUGAGUCACCACUUUUUCGAGUCUGAUUCGAGUUCGAGCCAUAAUUAGUAGCCUUCAAGUAGAGGUCCGAGUCCGAGUCUCAUAAAAAUUGAUCCGAGUCAUUUUCUAGAGAAACACUACCUCCUGAUUCAGUUUUCCAAGAACAGGUCUUCAAUCCUCUCAUGUGACGCAAGGUUUUACUUAGAAUAUUUUCAAAUCUCUCUCUUCUGUUAUACAACAAAUAUAAUAAACACCGUCAUAACGAUCCCAAGUUGUAGGGUGGGGUGGGGUAAUUAAAAGAGUAUUUUUUUAAAUCUCCGUAUUUUCGUUCUCUCUCGGUUAGCUUAAGAAAUUUUUGGAUAGUUUCUUGGCAAGAGUUGUAGAGGAGGUAAUUUUCUGUCGAACAGUCAUUUUCAUUUUUCUAAAUUCCAUUUCCUUCAGGAUCAGGAGCAGAUCUGCGGCUGACCGAUCUCGACUGUUCUAAUUCCCCACAUGCGGAGAAUUGGAACAAAAAAAUUUUACUAGUCGCUUUUUGAAUAGAGCUGGCUCCGUCAAAUAUUAUCCGUUUGCGAUCUAAUCCAUAUCAGGCAAUAGAGCUGAAUAUCCUCUCCAUAUCAUACUAAGGAUGUGUGCAAAAAUAAUUUAAAAUACAGAUAUAAAAUUCAAAUUACUUUUAUUAAAAAAUCCCGUGUAUUUUCCACGGACUGUUCUAAUUACCCCACCCAUUUACACGUACU